AUGACAGCUCCCACCUCCCUCAUAAUCGUCUGCUGCCACGGUAUCUGGAAGGGCGGCCCUUCUAAAGGCGCUGAUGAAAAUGAGUGGCUCAUUGCCGAUUUUCAGCGCGGCGAGACAAGCACUUUUAUCGAGCACAUUAAACUAGGAGUGAAGCUUCUCGCCGAGAGCUACGAUGACAGUGUGCUUGCUUUUUCAGGCGGCCCAACUCGCAGAGAAACACCUCUAAGUGAAGCCCAGAGCUACAGCAACCUCGCCGCAGCGCACAACUUCUUCGACCACGUUUUCAUCAACAAGCCCAAUUCAAAGCCACAAACAGUUUCCGAAGUCACUUCAUCAAAAAUACUCAUUGAAGACCGUGCAUUAGACUCAUACUACAACGUGCUCUUUAGCUUCAGUCUCUUCUUCACGCACUUCAAAGCCUGGCCCCAAUCUUUAACCAUUGUCUCUCACGAAUUCAAGAGGCCCCGCUUCAUAGAUGGCCACUGCGCUGCCAUUGGAUUUCCGCUUGAGAGGACACGAUUCCUGGGCAUCGAUCCGCCUGGUAUGAUUAAUGGCGAGAACGAAGUUGCGUUGAAAGGCGUAGGACAGGCGGUGGAUGAGUGGACGGCUGAUCCUCACGGACGGGGAGAGAAGUUGGCUGGAAAGAGGGCGAGGAGGAAUCCGUGGGCGGUAUGGCAAGGGGUUUUUGGAAAGGAUGUGGAUGGAUUUAGUAGAGGGGGCUUGAUUACGAGAGGGGAGGGUGAGAUGGAGACGUUGGUCGACGAUGCGCCGCGGCCAUGGUGA